CUGGAGUGCGCUGGCGCUCCUUUCCUCAAACACUCAUCUUCAUAACACUCUUCCCCAAGCCUCGUGUUUCUAGAGUUUGGCACGCGCACAACAUCACGCCAAUCGCUGUGUCACCUAAAUAUGCUGGUGUAAACGGGAGUGGAGGUGCGACAAGCCGAGGAAAGAUGAAAUCCUCGCGACUGUGGAUGCUUAUCUGUAUGGCGACUGCGUGUUGUCAGCUUGGCACCGCUGAUAAAUACGGUUGUCUGUUUGAUGAAGGCAUAUGCUCCAGUGACCAGGUUUGCUGGGAUGAUGAGCUGUUUGGUCAGUGUCUCACACAGAAGCAGGAAAGGUUUCUAUACAAAGUAUCGGCUGUCCUACUAGACAGACUGCAGUCCGUGUUGCAAAUGCUUAUGAGGAAAGGAUCAACUUGGCAGGAUGAUGUUACCCAGUCAGUGAUUAAAAAAGAACUUAGCAAAGUUCCAAAGAUCCCAGCAUCACCUGGAAAGAAUAAUGGCCCAUCUGAGUCAAAGGGUGACCCUACAAACCAGCUCAAACCCAAACUGAUCAAGCCCCAUGUGGACUACAUGAUUGUUGACCCCCCUCAGUCAUCUCUCCACAUGCAAAGUCUGGACCCUUACACUUACCCAAGAUACGGCUAUCAAGAUGAAGAGGAGCGCUCUCUGAACCUGGUGGAUGGGGGGAGGUCCCAACCGGACUCCUCUCGCAUCAGGGGCAAUUCACCCCUUUCUGCAUCUCUGGAUAAAGAUGAUCAGCUUCUGCAGGAUCUGAUGACUCUCCUUCUCUCCUCACCCGCACAGCCUACCAUACGCCAUCGGGUGGCAGCACCUCAUCACGUCUCGUCUUUUUUCCAGGAUCUGGACUUCCCUCUCGACUAUAAAGACUACAACAAGGAAUUUUUAGGCCAGGACAUCAACAACCAGCAGCAGCAAAAGGAGGGGUCCCAGAAGUAUAAAGCGUUUGUUGGGCAUAGGGGGGAGACCCAAGAGAGCCUACAUGAGCUGCUUCUUCAGCAUGGGUUUGAUCUGAACCAUCUGAACCCAGAGGAGAUGGAACGUCUCUUUACUGUCCUUCAGCUCCUACAAAAUGAACCCACAAACAACCAGAGAAAACCUGAGAAAAUGGAUUCUGUGCCUCAAAAAGUGAUGAAGAUAACAGAGGGUGAGAUGACCCGUGUGGUGGAGCAGGCUUCUGUCCCCGCUAAAAAUUCCUCUUUACCUUCUCCAAACAUCCCUGGGUUCCAAGCCUCUCCAGGGACCUCCCGGGAUAACUAUGUCCCUGUGGGUACCGGUAUACUAAGCACUGCGGCUCUCAAACAUGAGGAUGGAAAGCUUGGAAAGGGAGCCCCGAGUGUAAAACCAGGAAAGACUGGAACCAAGUCAAAGGAGGAGUUUGGUUACAUUGUCACCAAUCAGAGUCCCCUCAGUCUUUCCGAUGGGGUUAAUCUACUGAAGACUCUCGCAGAGAGGAUCCAUCUCACCACUGGCUCUUUCGUCAAUAUCAGCGUGGUUGGUCCAGCAGUCACUUUCCGUGUCCUGCCGAACAGCCAGAAUUUUACAGCCAACGAUGUGUCGGAAAAGGCCUUGGCUCAAAAGAACUCUCUAGAAUCAGAGACUGAGCUAAAGGUGCUCCAGGCAGGUGUCGGGGAGAGGGAAGAUGGUCAUGCGUUGCCAGUGGCAACACGUGUACAUGACAACACCCAGUGGGUGUUUCUCAUGUUGGUGGGUGUGGCUUGUGUGGGUGGACUCCUGGUGGGGGCGCUGACCAUCGCCUGUCUGCGCACACAUGCCCGUCAGUUGGCUUCAGGGAAACUGGGGUUGGGACCUGAAGCUGGAAACGUGACGCAUUAUGAGUACCAGGAUCUUUGUCGGCAGCACAUGGCUGCUAAGUCCUCUCUGGGCAGGCAGGACUGUGGGGUCGGAGCUGCAGGUGGUGCCGGUUCGGCAGGAGGGGGAGGUGGGGGAGGAACGGAUACAUCGCGGGUUAGCAGCGUUUCAUCACAGUUCAGUGAUGCUCCACAGCCAAGCCCUAGUUCACAUAGCAGCACCCCCUCCUGGUGUGAGGAGCCGGCGCAGUCCAACAUGGACAUCUCUACAGGACACAUGAUACUGGCAUAUAUGGAAGAUCAUCUGAAAAAUAAAGACCGUUUGCUAAAAGAGUGGGAGGCCCUGUGCUCCUACCAGGCAGAAUCAAGCACUGUAUCAGCAGCCCAUAGCGAAAAUAACAUGAAAAAGAAUCGCUGCUCUGAUGCCGUCCCCUACGAUCAUUCCAGAGUGAAGCUGAAGGCUGAGAUUAACCCCUCCAGGAUUGACUAUAUCAACGCCAGCACCAUUGUCGAGCAUGACCCCCGGAUGCCAGCAUAUAUCGCCACCCAAGGACCUCUCUCACACACCAUCUCUGAUUUUUGGCAGAUGGUUUGGGAAAGUGGCUGUACAGUUAUAGUGAUGAUGACUGCUCUAGUUGAGGACGGAGUAAAACAGUGUGAUCGCUACUGGCCCGACGAAGGCUCUUCUCUCUACCACAUAUAUGAGGUGAACCUGGUGUCUGAACACAUCUGGUGUAAUGACUUCCUAGUGCGUAGUUUCUACCUGAAGAAUGUCCAAACCCAGGAAACCCGUACCCUCACCCAGUUUCACUUCCUGAGCUGGCCCGCAAAAGGAAUUCCCACCUCCACACGCCCUCUGCUGGACUUCCGCAGGAAAGUCAACAAAUGCUACCGAGGCCGCUCCUGCCCCAUUAUUGUGCACUGCAGUGAUGGUACAGGUCGAACCGGAACAUACAUCCUGAUUGAUAUGGUUCUUAACCGUAUGGCUAAAGGAGUUAAGGAAAUUGAUAUCGCCGCAACCCUGGAACACAUCCGAGACCAGAGACCAGGAAUGGUGCGCACCAAGGAGCAGUUUGAGUUCGCACUGACUGCUGUGGCUGAAGAGGUUAAUGCUAUUCUCAAAGCUCUACCCCAGUGAGACAAAUGCCUAUUUCUGCCUAAUUAUUAGAAACACUGGCACAACGCAUUCAUUCAAACACACUUACAAAAUUCCUCGCAAAUACCUGCAUGUGAGCAUACAUGCCUUGUGUGGCCACUAAGGUUAGUAUUAGGGAUAUGCAUGAGAAAUCGACUAGUCGAGUACUCGUUCCACAAAUAAAAAGUAGUUUUGUUACAAGUGCAUGUUUUUUUAUUUAUUUAAGUGAUUAGAGACAAUGAAAGAAAAAUAAAGAAAUAUGGCAGUAUUUCUUAUUGGUAUUUGGUUGUUGUAAAAGUCAUGCCUCCUCGCUGGAUGAAGAUUCUCUUUUAUGGUGGAAAUAAAGUUUUAUAUUGCAAUGAGGUGUCACUGCAACCUGUGUCAUCAGAUCACAUUAAACAUGUUAAAUGAAAAGAAUAUUAUAGCCGUCAUAUAGUUUUCCUAUACUAAAAUGGUGGCCGUCUACUUUUGAAAGUGAUUUCAGUGUAAGGUACAAUUGUGUUUUUAUCAUCCUAAUAUUUUAUUAAUGCAUAUUGUUAUUUUUUGCAGAAGCAUAUUGUGACAGAUUUUUUUAAACUGUUUUAAGGGUUAUGUUAUGUUAUAAUCUAACAAAUCAAUAUAUUUUGUUAUAAAAUAUAUUUUCACAUGUGUCAAAUUUACUUGUUUAAGCAUCAGAGUACUCGACUAUAAAUUACUCUAAAUGUCCGCCCCUAAUUAUAUAUUUCCCAUUAUGAACUUUUCCAAAACACACACUGAUUCUAACCAGUGCAGCCUAAUCUUCCCCUCAGCAUGUAAUAUCAAAUCUCUUUGCACAUUCAAACACAAACGUACUACUUGGACUCAUUUAGAAUAUUCAGGAUCUAACUAUUCCUUGUGUUCUAUUAGAAACAUCUAAUUAGCUGAAGUCUGUUUCUCUGUGCUCUCUUGGAUGCUGCCCUCAAUUUCACCAUGGUGAUGACAUCCCUGUUAUGUGCAGUUAAUCUGUGUUAUGUGUAUUUUCUUCAUAAAACUGUUGUUCGGUGUGGUGGUAGCUGAAGAGAGGGAAAACAGAGAAAGCGUAUACACCGUGGUCAUGUAUAGACCUGAAUGGAAUGUGCACCGACAUCUUGCUGAAGUCUCCACAAAAUUUCAACAGAAUCCCACCACAUAUUUAUUGUGUACAUUUGGACUAAAUUGAGAAAGCAGCAAAAAUACCAUUUGUAGAAUAGUAUUCCUUUUUCAGUUAACUGUGUUUCAACUCAUUCCACAAAUGUGUUUCCACAUAUAUUGGCACAUUCUUUUUCCACAAGAAAUGGGGAAAAUAUAUUUAGUUCAUAUGAUCCUUAGUACCAUUUUCUUCAUAGAAUCAAUUGUGAAGAAUUUGAUUUGUCAAAUAAUUUAAGGCCAGAUUUUUGGAGAAAUGCUUAGUUGUGUGAGGUAUGCUGAAGGCAGUUUGAAUUCCCUCUCUUUCUUCUCUGGUUUAAAUCUCUCUUUCUGUACUUUAUUGUGGUCAACUUAACUGUUCUAUUCUUUCUGCAAAACAAUAAAAAGAAAAAAAGAAAAAGUUAUUGAAAUAUUAAAAAGCUUAUUUUGUAUCUUGUGAUGACUAAUAAAACUUGUGAAGUGA